CUUGGAUUCUUCUAAAAUUUCUCUAUGUGAACAUAAUCAUAGAUACUCGAGAAUAUAUAUUAUAAGGCAAACCUAAUACAAGACAUUGAAACAUUGUACAAAGGUAAAAUUAAGGAUGAUGCUGCAACUCAAGCUAGUGUUCAUAACCUUGGUGUGUUGGAACAUAUUAAUUAGUUAUGAUUGUGUACUUGGAGAUUCACAAACAAGUAUAGUAUUAAACAGUUCAUGUAGCACAUUUAACGCAUCAAACUUGCGUAGCUUCUAUGCAAAUAUCAAUGGAACAUUUUUAGAUUUGAAGAAUCAAAUUAGCAAUGAAAGCAAACACUUUGCCACAUCACAACAAGCCAUAGGUGAGGUAAUUGUAUUUUCUAUGUUUCAAUGUAGAAAUUACCUCUCCAAAAAUGAUUGUGUUGGUUGCUUCAACAUUGCCUCUACCAAAAUCCGUAGUUGCUCAGCUGCUAAUGGAGCUAGAGUCAUCUAUGAUGGCUGCUUCCUCAGGUACGAGAGUGAAAGAUUCUACGAUCAAACAACUCAACAAGGGAAUGGUGUAAUAUGUGGGAACAAAACUGCAAAAGAAGGCACUGCAUUUGGAACAAUUGGACACAAAGUGCUAAUGGAUAUCCAAUUAGCAACACCUAAAAUCAAAGGUUUUUUUGCAGCUACCAAGACACAGGUGACACCUGGUGGAAAUAGUUCAGUUUAUGCCGUUGCACAGUGUGCUGAAACAGUCACUGAAAGUGGUUGUUUAGCUUGUUUGGCAGUUGGAUACAGUAACUUGCAAACUUGUCUUCCUAACAGUGAUGGUAGAGCAUAUGAUGCAGGGUGUUUUAUGAGAUAUUCAGAGACACCCUUUUUUGCUGAUAAUCAGACCAUUGAUAUCACAGCCUACUUAAAAGGAGGUUCAAGCAACAAAUGGGCCAUUAUAGGUGGUGUUGUUGGAGGUGUAGUAGGUCUUGUUGUUAUCAUUCUUGCAAUUUUAGGUUGGCGACAAUACAGGAAACCUAAGAGGGCUCCUAGAGGCAACAUAUUAGGAGCAACUGACUUGAAAGGUCCAGUUAACUACAAGUAUAGUGAUUUAAAAGCUGCAACAAAAAACUUCAACGAUGAAAAUAAACUUGGAGAAGGAGGUUUUGGUGAUGUAUACAAGGGUACUCUGAAAAAUGGAAAUGUUGUAGCAGUUAAGAAACUAGUUUUGGGAAAAUCAAGCAAGAUAGACAAUGAUUUUGAAAGUGAAGUAAAGCUUAUAAGCAAUGUUCAUCAUAGGAAUCUUGUUAGACUUCUUGGCUGUUGCAGUAAAAGCCAAGAGAGAAUCCUUGUUUAUGAAUACAUGGCAAACAGCAGCCUAGACAAAUUCUUGUUUGGUAACAAACAAGGUUCCCUCAAUUGGAAACAAAGGUGUAACAUAAUUUUAGGCACAGCAAGGGGACUGGCCUAUCUACAUGAGGAAUUCCACAUUUCCAUUAUACAUAGAGAUAUAAAGAGUAGCAAUAUCCUCCUUGAUGAUAAUCUUCAUCCCAAAAUUGCUGAUUUUGGAUUGGCGCGGCUUUUGCCAGGGGAUCGAUCUCAUCUAAGCACAGGAGUUGCAGGAACAUUGGGAUACACAGCACCUGAGUAUGCAAUCCAUGGUCAAUUAUCAGAAAAGGCUGAUACCUACAGCUACGGAAUUGUAGUCCUAGAAAUCAUAAGUGGUCAAAAGAGUACAGAAAUGAAGGUUGACGAUGAUGGUGAAUUCCUUCUUCAAAAGACAUGGAAACUGCAUGAGAGAGGCAUGCACUUGGAGCUAGUCGACAAGGUCUUAGACCCUAACGACUAUGAUGGAGAAGAAGUGAAGAAAAUGAUAGAGAUUGCUUUGUUGUGUACUCAAGCAUCAGCUGGAAUGAGACCAACGAUGUCUGAAGUAGUAGUCCUCCUCCAAACCAGGAGCUUAGUGGAGCACCUGCAACCAACUAUGCCUGUGUUUGUAGAAACGAAUCUUAGGUCUCGUGAAGGCCACUCUACCUCAACUGGUUCUUCUACGUCUAAUGCCACUGCCUCCUUUUCUCUAUCAGCUCGAUGAUUAUAUGGAACAAUGAAGGGACUUGAACCGAAAAGAUAACAAUAAACCAGAUGAGGGUUACUCUUCGUUAAUUCCAACUGUUCAUCAAUCAUACAAGUACAGAAGUAUUAUCUAAUAGAGAUAAACAGUUGCAGCUACGUUUGUUAUGAAUUUAUUGUCUAUGUUUGUGUAGUUUCUUAGGUUUGUUCAUUAUGAAUUUGUUGUAAGCUAGUUAGUUUGUUACAAAGAAGUUUUCCUUAUUUAUUUUUCUUGUACUAUAAAUACACAAUGUAUAUCUCCAAUAGGAGAAAGAAUAAUACCUCAGCCAAAAGAGUCACUUUGCUCAAA